AUGAGUAGCUUAGGAGAUAAGGGGGUUGAACAGUAUACGGUGCACCCACAGAUUAUACAUUUCCAUUCCGAUCAUCUUGGAAAAUUUUCCUCUCUUCAAAAUCAAGUGGUCGUCUCUGAAAAACCGAAGGCAACCAAAAAGCGAAGGCUUAGAAAUGACCUUAUUAUAGAAGAUAGACAUUAUCAAGGGCUAGAGAACUACUAUUCACCAGACGAAACCUCGAAAGAAGAAGAACCAGAAUAUGAAAGUGACCGAUGGAUAUCUUUAUCUCAUCGAAGUAUACUGGUACUUGCCGACUCACCCAUCGAUUUAUCUCAGUAUACUGAGUUCAACCCUAACAACUUUUCAACCUUAGAGCAAGACAUUUAUGAGCUCAAAACGAACCAUAUCAAACUAAGCGCGGAUAAGACGGGAGAGUUGCUUUAUCUCAAUUCUACAACACUUCCUUCACUUCGAUCCGAUACCCUUUUGUCAUUAAAUUUCACACACAAAGACCUAAUUCCUAUCAAAGCAGAACUUGAUAUUUUGUGUCUUCCUGCCUCCCGUUUAAAGUAUCCUCAUAUAGACGUCAAAGGACCUCACUUUCAAUUGACUUUCAAUGUCCCUGACAACAAAAUCACUAUAAACUUCGAUUAUCAUAUCAGCAUUAGGGAGUCAAUAACGUCAUUCUUUCCCCCUGAAAUUCUGAACAAAUUUUCACCAUUGAUACUGCUAGUAUCCACUACUAGACCAACUCAAUUUGAAGCUUCUCAUCAAUAUGAGCAACUAGCUGACGAGCCGAUCAACCCAGAAUUGUUUUAUAAAACGGUUGCUACUCACGCAUCGAGGUUACCGCCGGUUACGCAGGACUUUGAUAUUCCAGAGCUUGAAACCAACUUACUCCCAUUUCAGAAGAAAACGGUGGGGUGGCUCUUACAACGAGAAAAUGUUGUGUAUGACUGGGAGACGAACCGAUGUAUUCCGGUGAAACUUAUUUCUGAUUCCUUUUAUGCCAGUUUAGAGGCAGUGUUGAAGGAUGGAAGUACUACAGGCGAAGAAAUUGAUAACCAAACCUCGGAAUUUUUAAACAAAAUAUGUUUCGGGUGGAUUCGAAUAACUUUUCAUGAAGAAACUUUCUGGUUUAAUAGCUUCACGGGCAAUUUGUGCUCGUCCAAAAGAAUGUGUCAACAUUUAGUGACAACAUACCAGUACCUCGAACUGAAAAGGCAACAAUAUUCACCAGCGAAAGGUUUAUUGGCGGAAGAGAUGGGAUUAGGGAAGACCGUAGAGGUCGCUGCCUUGAGUCUAUUGCAUAGACGUUCCCUAGAAGAUCUCAACGAACCAAUAGAGAUUAGAUUACGUUCAUAUGGUGAUCUCAAGACUGUCAUUAAGGCCAAAACCACUUUGGUGGUUGCUCCUGAUUCUAUAUUAAAGCAGUGGGUCGAGGAAGUAAUGCGCUUAGCUCCUUCGUUGGCUGUCACAGUUUAUCAAGGAGUUGACAAGUACCCCCGGUUGAGAGGAAAUGCAGGUAUGAUUGCGGAAUAUCUUCGUCGAUUCGAUAUUGUGUUCACGACUUACACCAUGAUUUCAAAAGAGCUCGACUAUGCUUUAUACUCUGCUCGUAACAAACCUACACGAACAGCAUCCAAACGAAAAUCCAUGGUGAAUGAGGCGGUUGACUCUAAGCUGUCUGUGGAUCCAGGAAGAGAGGAACUUCUUCAAAAAUACACUGCCAUGUUUCAACUUACUAUUAGAACCGAGAAACCAAAAGUUGCAAAUCUAAAGUCGGGUGAUGACGCAGAGACAGAUUACGAAAAGGCAUUGCAAGAUGAGCUAGAACUUUCUAUCGAGCAUAACAACAUACCUGACAUUUACAGAAACCAAGAAUACCAGUCUCCGUUGAUGUUAUCUCAAUUUUGGAGAGUUGUAUUAGAUGAGGUUCAAAUGGUGUCUUCGAAGUUUUCCCGGGCGUUUCAAAGUGCUGCCCUAAUUCCACGAUUUCAUGCCUGGGGUGUAUCAGGAACUCCCAUUAAAAAAGAUUUCAAUGAUUUGCAUUCCAUUCUCAAGUUUUUGAAGCUCGAUCCUUUUUGUGGGUGA